UUUGGUCUUCUUUUGUCUAUGGUGUUAAACAAAAAGCGUUCGGCGAAAAACCUUAAUUUUUUCAAUAUUUUUGUCGAUUUUUUUAAACUUAAGUCUUAUUUAUUGAUAAAAUAUUAAUUAUUGUAAAGCGGCGCAAACGAUGGCACCAGACUUUGGACAUGGCUUUGGUCUUUUCCUUACCACUAUAUUCACUAGUUAUUAUUUUUGAACAUUGUUUUUUCCUUACAAUUUUGUAUUAAAAUGUAAUUUGUUAAUAUUUUAGGGCCUCUUGUAUUGUAUAAGUAUUCAGUAGGAAAUUUUAUCGUUUGUAAUCUUCGUAUUUAAGAUGAGUAUUCAAGUGUGCAAGGACAUUUCAGACGCUGUGGCUUUGUAUUUGCCACAGCGGUUGUAUCUCAAAUCGUUUGCAAAGCUAAACAUUUCUGUCCAGCUCCCUCCACACAAGGUUCACGGCAAGGCGAUAUCCAACUGGGAAUUAAUGGAAAAGUUACGGAAAAUGAUCCAACCUGACAGCUUUUCAAUAUUGAAAGUGUCCAAACAUAGUUCGGAAGUGAUUAGAUUCGACGCAGAACUGGAAAACAGGAUAAAAUUAGAACGUGUGUUAGCGCGUUUAGAAGACAGGAUAAUACAGUUAAAUGAUUAUCCAGAUCCAUUGAAAGUUAAAGUAUCGGAAUGCAAGUCAGAUUUUCCUAGUCGUCAUUCAUGGGACUCAUUCUUCAGAGAUGCUACAGAUAUGGAUGAAAUGAAGCCCGGUGAGCGACCUGAUACUAUACAUAUAAGAAACUUGCCUAUACGCUGGUUUGUUCAUGAACGGGAUCGGGACGAAGAUGCCCCCCCAUCGGAAAGUUUAUUCAAAAAAGUGUUUGAAAAAUAUGGUCCAAUAAGACAAGUUGAUGUACCAGCUGCUGAUCCAUUUCGUAUGCAAAUGAAAGCUGCUAUGAGAGGCAUUACCACUCCUCCACAAGAUUCCACCCUAUACUUUGAAGGUUACAUUCAAUUUAAUGAGUAUGCAGGGUUUGUACGAUGCAUGGAUGCAUUAAGAGGUCGCAAGUUAUUAAAACGGAGUGAUGAUUUAGCCGAAUGGUGUACAAUCUAUGUGGAUUUUGAUAAAACUAAGCAUAUGACGGAUGCCUCGGUGAAGAGAAGAUCUAUUGUAAGGGAGAGGCUCACGUCUAGACAAAGAGCUAAGGAAGAGGAAGAGAGACAGGAGAAAGAGAAAAUUGCUAAGCGGGAAGCUAAAGAGCGACAAAAAGAAACAGUAACACGUAUGAUUUUUCACUCUUUAAGCCAAAAAAUGGAGCAUCGCGAACAGGAGAAGUUGGCAAAGAUGCGCGAAAGAGAAGAAAAGAGAAAGAAGAAGCAACUUGCUAAGCUGAUGGAGAGAGAUGAUGUGGACCUGAACAAGAAGGUGGCAGAAGAGCAGAGAAAACUGCUGAAAACUCAAAAGAAGCUUCAGGCUAUAAGACUAAUUGAGGAGCUCUUUAGGAGAAUAGAGUUGCGCCCAGAGCUGCAACGCAACGGCUCUAAGCCGGAGCGCUACUACAAGGUGGGUGACCGUAUGGCGCGACAACGCAUAGUGGAAAAGUACAAAAGACAGCAAGAAAAGGCAGUUGACGAACAACGGGAGAGGCUCAGACAUGCACUGGACGGUCGUAUCGUGAUCCGUUCCGCGCUGGAGACCAAGAAGCCGCUGCGAGAUUCGUCCAUCAGCUCGGUGUCGGAGGACGAGCGCGAACUGAAGCGCGUCAAGACUGAGAGGCUCUCCACGCCAGAGCGAGAGGGAUACAACAAGAACCCAGCAAUGUACGGGUACCCCAACCCCUACGGCUUCGGGUUCCCCUACGCGGCCGUGCCGCCGCCGCACGGAUACCCCUUCCCGCAAACGUCGAUGUACUACCCGAUGCGCGGCGCGUACUACCCUCCCCCGGACACGUACUCGCGGCGCCCGUUCCGCGGCCGCGGGCGCGGGAGGGGGAGGGGCAGGCUGCCGUACUUCGAGGGACCCGACGCCACUCACCAGUACUACCAGUACUUCAAGAAAUUAUCAGAAGCGGAGCAUCGCAACGAGCAUGACAACCGUUCGCGUUCCCGCUCGCGCUCGCGGCGCCGCUCGUAUUCGCGCUCUCGCUCGCGUUCGCGACGCCGCUCCUACUCGCGGUCUCGCUCGCGCUCCCGCAGCAGGAGCAGGAGGUCCCGCUCCAGGAGCCGAAGAUCCAGAUCCAGGAGUAGGAGGUCCAGAUCUCACAGUCACAACUCAAGGUCACGCCGGAGAUCCAGAUCAAGAAGCAAGCGACCCAAGACGAAAUCCCGUUCCAAGUCCAAAUCCAAGCACCGCAGCCCCAGCCCCAAGCCCGCGGAGAAACGCGCCAGUGUGGACAGCACCAAAUUUGUGUCGCCGGGAACCAUGCGGCGACAGCGGUCCAAGAGCUGGUCGCUGCCUAAAGAAGGGGAGACUAGGAAGUCCUGGUCUAAAACUCCUGAGAAAAAGAACGAAUAAACUUUUAUUUUAUUUA